AAUUAAUAUGGCUUCUUAUGUUGCUAAAUCGGUCCUUAAUGAUUCCAUAAGAUAAUUGAAAUCUAAUCAAAAAGACUCGAAAUAAAAUAUAGAUUGGGAUGAUUUUAACUAUCCACCUUUAAUAAAAGUUAUUCAUUACAAUAUUGAAGAAGUGUAGCCAGAAUAUAGAUUAGUGGUAAGAUCAUUAUGGUUGUCAAGUAUUCUCAUAGCUGUAUACACACUCUUAAAUAUAAUUGAUAAUAGCAUUCAAACUGGAUAUGGAAAUGAUGGAAUACGAAUAUUGUAUAGUUUUAUGUUUUUGUUUUCCUUCAAUCCAAUUUAAUUGUAAAAUAUUCUGCAUAGUUAGAGUUUUAUUUUUUAUCGAGGAUAUAAAGGUGUUGCUUCAGAUCCAUAUUUAUUAGUUUUGUACAAAUGGAUCUAAAUAUUAUUGAUAAUGUGUUGGAUAACAUUUUCAAUUGUAGAUAUACUAGGUUUUAAUGGAUUUAUAACAUUAUCAUACCUUUUCGAUUAGUACAUUAUUUAUAAUAGUUUUAGUCUCCCAUUUUGUGGUGUUUUAGCCUUAUUUGAAGAUAUUAUCUUAUUACUUGUUGUUGCCUUAAGUGGAUUUGCUUUAUUCCGUAUUUGGAAUAUCAAGGAAUGA